CUGCACCCCGUGCGAUCCUGCUCCCCCCUGUGUAUGUCCAUUUAUAAUGGAUGCAAUGCGCCCGGCUCUCGUGUCGCUGCGGCUGUCUGCCCCCCGACGCAGCCCCCGCCCCCGCGCGCUGUUCCAAUGCCUUCUUCACACGUCCCCAUCACGAUCUGCGACGCCGCUUCCCCAUCCCUCAGUCCCUGGCCCGCCACCAGACACGCCCACGCCUGCUGCAACAGACGCGCUGGACAGAGUCGCACGGAAGCGGAAACAAGCCGAGCUGUUGAAGCAGGCGCAGGAGAUAAGAACGAGCCCUUCGAGGCCGGAUACCAUUCUCAAGAAGCGCUUCUGGAAACAUGUCUCGGUGCGGGACCAACCUAGUGGACUACAGGUCUUCCUGGACAGCAGGCCCGUCCGAACCCCCAGCAAACAAGUCCUCAACCUUCCUCCCUCAAAGCACCAGCUGGCCACCGCCAUUGCCCUCGAAUGGGAUCUCCUCGUCAGCCCCCAGCAGGCUCUCAAGACGCACUACAUCCCCAUGACGUCGCUCGCCGCUCGCGCUCUCGACAUUGAAAAGGCGGAUGCAGAGGGGAGGGCCAGUGUUCGCGACAACACUAUCCGCACGCUGCUGCGGUAUCUCGACAGCGACACAUUGCUAUGCUGGGCGCCCGAGCGAAACAUACACGACGCGCCACAAGACAGAGCUUCCUUACGGCAGCUUCAAAUCGAAGUCGCGCAGCCCAUCAUCAAUUACAUAACCACCUUCGUGUGGCCGGGCGUCGAGAUCAAACCGAUUCUGGAGCCGGACAGCAUCCUCCCAAUUUCACAGCCCGACAUGACGAAAGACGUGGUGCAGGGAUGGCUGUCAGGGCUCCCAGCAUUUGAGCUCGCGGGAUUGGAACGCGCGGUGCUGGCCAGCAAGAGUCUGCUGGUCGGUGUGAGACUUAUCCACGAAUGGGGCGAAGCGUUUGCGCACUCACGGGAGGCCGGAGAUGCGGACCGUCGCUUCGGAAUUGAGGAGGCGGCGGAAGCAUCAAGCUUAGAGGUGCGGUGGCAGACGGGGCAGUGGGGAGAGGUUGAAGACACACACGAUGUUGAGAAGGAGGACCUGCGGAGACAGCUCGGAAGUGUGGUGGUGCUUGUGAGCGGAGAUAACUCACACAAGCGUACCAAGUCCAACAGCGUGAAAAACCUCCUCCAGCGCGUGUCGUCAAAAAACGACGUCACCGACCUCACCGCCGAGGGCAGUGUCCCGCCCUCCAGUUCAGCCACGUCUCUCAGCUCCCAGCAGGCCCCCUCCAUUGCCUCCCAUCACCACCACCACCAUCAUCCGCAUGUACAUCACCGCACCGCCUCCAAGCACCGGCCGCACCUCUCUGCCACCAUGUCGAAUGUUGGUGCCCCGGACAUGCUGUCUCCCGCCUCGCCUAUCCACCAAGCGUCCCCCUCCUCCCCCACCACCAAGGGCGCUUCAAUCGAGCAAUCUGUAAAGCUCUUCCGCGUGUUUGAGUCGCUUCGCAAUGGAGAUACUGGUGCCAUUUCCAAGGCAAUCAGAGAGCAGUCCCCCCCCACAGACGGAGAGCAAAGCAGUUCUUCGCUGUCUUUGACCGGCGGCCGCUUAGAAGGGACAUCGAUACUUCACCUAGCCAUACAAUGCGCCGAGGUCCCCGUUAUCGAGUUUGUGCUGUCCAAUGCGACAGCCGGCUCCGACUCGACCAUCGACAUCAAUGGCCGCGACAGGGACGGUAAUACACCUCUGCACCUAGCAGCCACCCUCGGGCGUACCCCCGUGGUUCGCAUGCUGCUCGACCGACCCGGCAUCAACGAUUCCAUUACCAACUACCAGGGCCAGACCCCAUUGGACCUGGCUCGGACCCCAGACAUCUUCCAGCAGCUGCAGCUAGCACGGUCGAUAUUCAUAGACACAAACGUCAAGAAGAUACACCAGCUAGUGACAGUUGGGGACAUUGCCACGCUCGAGAAGCUGUUGCAGGAUCCCAGGAUGAAGAGCACUCUGGAUGUCAAUGGCGGUGAGUUGGCGACGGACCCGAUCGUGGUAGAUAGCGGAGGUACAUUGCUCCACGAGGCGGCAAAGCGGAGGGAUGUGAAAUUGAUCCAGAUGUUGCUAUUGAAUGGUGCGGACCCAUUCCGCAGAGACCGGAAAGGGAAACUGCCUCAAGACUACACCAAGGAUGACCGCACCCGGGCAAUACUGAAGCGAUCCCCUGCCGCUGCUGCUGCCCAGAGGGGCAUUCAGGAGAAGACUAUCUUGGCGGGGGCAGGUCCUCAGGCGGGGGCAGCAUCUGGGGAAAAUUCGUUUGGCCCCAAAGAGGGGCGCGAGAUGAAGGGCUAUCUGAAGAAGUGGACCAACUACACAAGUGGCUACAAGCUAAGAUGGUUCGUUCUCGAGGACGGGGUGCUCAGCUAUUACAAGCACCAAGAUGAUGCUGGGUCGGCUUGUCGUGGUGCAAUUAACAUGAAAAUUGCAAAGCUGUACAUGGACCCCCAGGACAAACAGCGCUUCGAGAUUCAAGGCAAAUCUUCGGUGAAAUACCAUCUAAAAGCCAAUCACCAAGUGGAAGCUAAGCGGUGGUAUUGGGCGCUGAACAAUGCUAUCCAGUGGAGUAAAGACGAAGCGCGGGAAGAAGAGAAACGACACAAUCGGGACCAAGAGGCGCUGAAGCUGGCAAAAAUUGAGCAGAUUACGCGACCAUCGAAGGAAGGCGAUUCGCUGAGCAUCACAAGUUCAAGAUUGACGAAUGCGAAAAAUCUUGCCCCAUCAACAUCGCUCGGCGUUCCAUUGUCAGGCCAAGACACCACCUCCCGCACAGGAGCCAGCACCGCAGAAGAGCCCGAUCCUAGCAUUUAUGAGCCCAGCGUAGGCGGGAAUGAGCUUGGAAAGAUGGUCAGCAAUAUGGGAACUGCAACGAUUGAAGGCGACAUGGAUGAUGAUGAAGAUUACGGCGAUGAUGGGAGUAGCCAUGAUAUUCGACCUAACAACAAGGACGCCUUCAACAUCACAGCGCAGUCUGCAAAAUUGCAACUCGACCUUCUCGGUCAAGUCUCUACAGCUUUGCAGGCUGAAAAAAGCAAGCACCCGACAAUGCAAAUAUCUGAUUCGCUUGUCGUUCAAGCUUUGUCGUCUUAUGAGGCAGCUGUUGGGAAUCUUAAAGGCCUCGUUGGCGACUUGCUCCGAAUAUCAAGGGACCGCGAUGCGUACUGGCAGUACCGUCUAGAUCGCGAAGCGAACGUCCGCCGCAUGUGGGAGGAGAGUAUGGCAAAGGUCGCUAAGGAACAAGAAGAGCUUGAGAACAGAAUCGGCGAGUCGGAACUCAAGAGAAGGAAGACAAAACGAGCGCUUCGUGAAGCUUUAGAGGAGUUUGAAAUGAACGAGCACGUACCUAGCGAAGACGAAUUCACCGAAGCAGAAGAGUCAACGCACCUAGAACCAGAGCCCAAGGCUUUGAGACCGAAAGCCAGUUUCAGUUCCCAGGCUCUGCGGCGCAAGUCAACGUUUGCAAACAUUAAAGCUGAUAUGUCGGAAUCGGAAUCGGAGGAUGACGAAGAAUUCUUUGACGCCGUCGGAGCUGGCGAGGUUGAAGUUGUCGAGAUGCCAAUCACCAGUCCGGGCCUUGAGGCUGUGGAGAUGGCUCCGUCGGUCGAGGAUUUGUUUGAGGGGAGGUCUGCUGAAAUUGCUACUGGUUUCAGGGGUUACGAGGAUGGCCCACGACAGAAGCUUGCUAUGGAUGCGGAUAACAGACCAAGGAUUUCACUUUGGGGCAUCCUCAAAUCCAUGAUUGGCAAAGACAUGACUAAGAUGACUCUUCCCGUCUCUUUCAACGAACCUACUUCGCUCCUCCAGCGCGUCGCCGAAGAUAUGGAAUAUACGGACCUCCUAGAUACUGCUGCAGAACGUAUGGAUUCAACAGAGCGGUUGCUCUACGUUGCCGCGUUCGCCGCAUCCGAAUACGCAUCUACGAUUGGACGUGUGGCUAAGCCUUUCAACCCUCUCCUUGGUGAAACAUAUGAGUAUGCAAGGCCGGAUAAGGGAUAUCGCUUCUUCAUUGAGCAAGUUAGUCACCAUCCUCCGAUCGGUGCUGCGUUUGCCGAAUCGAAGAAAUGGGAUUACUAUGGCGAAUCGAAUGUCAAUUCCAAGUUCUACGGCAAAUCAUUCGACAUCAACCCAUUAGGAACAUGGUUCCUUCGCCUCCGACCAACCUCGACCGGCGGCAAAGAGGAGCUGUAUACCUGGAAAAAAGUCACCUCCUCUGUCAUCGGCAUCAUCACGGGCAACCCCACUGUCGACAACUACGGACUCAUGGAAAUCACAAACUGGACUACGGGCGAAAAAUGUCAACUCAAUUUUAAGCCCCGCGGCUGGAAAGCAUCAUCAGCCUACCAAGUUAUCGGUAAAGUCCUCGACGCCUCAGGCCGAGUCCGCUGGUCCGUUGGCGGCCGCUGGAAUGACAAAAUCUACGCAAGGCUCACACCGGGUUUUGAGGAUGCUGAGAUUGAUAAAGGCGGGUCGAUCUCCUUACACAUCAACAGUAGACACGAGGAGAAUAAAGCUUUCCUCGUCUGGCAAUGCCACGAACGCCCUACCGGCAUCCCAUUCAACCUCACUCCCUUCGUCGUCACGCUCAAUGCCCUUCCAGACGCGCUCCGCUCGGUCGUCGCGCCGACGGAUACACGCCUCCGCCCGGAUCAGCGCGCGAUGGAGGACGGAGAGUAUGAUUUCGCGGCGACGGAGAAGAAUCGGGUUGAGGAGAAACAGCGGAAGAAGAGGAGGGAGAGGGAGGCGAUAGGUGAGCAGUUUAUUCCGAGAUGGUUUUCUAAGGGGAAAUGUGAGGUUACGGGAGAGGAGUAUUGGGUAUUUAAUCAUGAGUAUUGGAAGGCAAGACAUGAGGUUGCGGUUAAGGAGGCCGAAUGGGGGGAUAAGGGGCUGGAGGAUAUCUUUUGAUCGUUGAAGUAAUCAAUGUUCGGGUUUGAGGUUAGGAUAGCCUCGUAUAUAUGCAUUUACGUUGUAAUGUGUUCAGGUUUUAUACACUUAUUGUUUGGACGGUUAUGCGAUUGUUUUUCCUGCAGUGGACUGCGAGUGGACUGCGAUCUUAUUUCGGAAAUGCACCAGAUGAAGUUGAGCAGGUUGAGAAUAAUGAGGGCGAAGGCGAAUAGUGUGGUCGUGGUUGACAUAAAUAUCGCCAGUGGUGUUCACGUCAAGGUUUGGAUCAUUGAAUUGCCGUUAGGUUUACUCCCCACCCCACCUUGAUUUUUAGCAACAAUAGGAUGGUGGGACGACG